CAGGGCUGUGGCUGAGAAGGGCCGGAUGGAAAGAGGAAAGGCCGGAAGUUGAUAGAGGAAACAGGAAAGUAUCGCUGGAGCACAGUCGCUGUAAACUACGCUGAUUGAUCCUGUGUUCCUGCCUGCCGAAGACCACCAUGUCUCGUGCCCGACAGCCCCCCCUGGUCACGGGCAUCUCUCCCAAUGAGGGUGCGGCAUGGACCAAAGUCACCAUCCGUGGGGAAAACCUGGGCACAGGCCCGGCCGACCUCAUUGGUCUGUUGAUCUGUGGCCAUAACUGCCUGCUGACAGCCGAGUGGAUGUCAGCCAGCAAGAUAGUGUGCCGCGUGGGUCCUGCCAAAGACGACAAGGGAGAGAUAAUUGUCACAACCAAGUCCGGAGGCAACGGCACCUCCACGGUCUCAUUCAAGUUGCUCAAGCCAGAGAAAAUUGGUAUCCUGGACCAGUCUGCAGUGUGGGUGGAUGAGAUGAACUACUACGACAUGAGGACUGACCGCAACAAAGGCAUCUCUCCGCUCUCCCUGCGACCAAGCAAUCCAUUGGGCAUUGAAAUAGACAAAGGUAAAAUCCCACAGAAAGACAUGGAGCUGACAUUUCCAGGGAUGAGUGGAGACUUCACCAGUGAGAACUUUUCUGCCACCUGGUACCUCAUAGAAAACCAUUCAGGCACCAGUUUUGAGCAGUUACGGACAGCGGCCAGCAAUCUGAAGAAGCAGGCCACAAAGAAGAAUGAGGGUAGUCUGGCCUACGUGAAGGGAGGCCUCAGCACAUUCUUUGAGGCCCAGGACGCUCUGGCAGCAAUCCACCAGAGGCUGGAGUCUGAUGGCACAGAGAGAGUGGAGGGGUCAAUGACCCAACGUCUAGAGAACAUUCUCAACCGAGCGAGCGAUACUGCAGACACUCUGUUUCAGGAGGUCUUAGGGCGGAAGGACAAAGCUGACUCCACACGCAACGCACUCAAUGUUUUGCAGCGGUUUAAGUUUCUCUUCAACCUACCACUCUACAUUGAACGCAAUAUUCAAAAGGGAGAUUACGAUGUGGUUAUCAAUGACUAUGAGAAAGCCAAAUCUCUUUUUGGAAAUACCGAGGUCCCUGUCUUUAAAAAAGUGUAUGCUGAGGUGGAGACAAGGAUCGGAGCUCUGAGGAGUCUCCUACUGGAGAAACUGCUGCAGACGCCAUCAACACUGCAUGACCAGAAGAGAUACAUCAGGUACCUGUCUGACCUGCAUGCGCCAGGAGACCCAGCAUGGCAGUGCAUCUACGCUCAGCACAAAUGGAUCCUGCAGCUGAUGCAAAACUGCAGGGACGAAUUCAUCAGUGACCAGAGAGUGGGUGUUGGGGCCACAGCUCUGGACCUGGAGGGAGACAUACGUCCGUUGGGUCUCAGCAGGCUCAGCCACACUGCGUCUCUCAAGAGAGGUGGCAGCCUGCGGACGCCACGCCCCAGCACCUGGCGCUUUGAGACGCCCCAGCAGGUGCAGUUUGUGGAGAAACUUUCAGACGUGGUAAUUAGUCAGCUGCCCAACUUCUGGAAGCUUUGGAUCUCCUAUGUCAAUGGAAGCCUCUUCAGUGAGACAGGAGAAAAAUCUGGCCAGGUUGAAAAAUCCAAGAAGAAUGCCAGACAGAGACAGAAUGACUUCAAAAAAAUGAUUGAGGAAUUGACUCAUCGACUGGUGAAACUUGUGCGGGGAGCUCUCCUCCCGGCAACAUUGCCACAGGGGGAGUUGAGUCUCUAUGGUGGCUGGGAGAAUAAGACAGAGCUCACUGCACCCUGGCUCACACAAGUCAUACAUAUCGUCAGAGGUUUUCAUGAAGCUCUUGCAGCCUUAGAGAUCCCCAAUGAUUUGCUGCAGGUGAUUCAGGAUCUGCUGCUGGACUUGAGAGUGCACUGCCUCAUGGUGACCCUGCUCCACACCACAGAAGAUGUAAAGAGACUUGCUGAGAAGGAGGACUGGGUUGUAGAUAAUGAGGGAAUUACCACCCUGCCUUCUCAGUUUGAACAGUGCAUGGUCCAGAUGCUGCAGUCGCUCAAAGAGCCCCUCGAAACCAAACCAGGGGAGAUCAAUGUUCUCCAGCUAGAACAGGCCCAGGAUCAGGCUUCAGAGCUCUGUGUUGCCAUCAUGAGGGUUUUCAUCAACUGCUUGGAGCACUUGAGCACCAAGACCGAUGGCGACAUUGACACAUCUCAUAUGUCGGUGGACCUGGCCUCUCCAGAUCGGUUUAGCAGUGCUCAGGAGGACUUCAGUCCAACACCGGAGCAGCGUCUGCUGAUCAUCCUUAGUAACUGCCAAUACCUGGAGAGACAUACAUUCCUCAACUUGGCCGAUCACUUUGAGAAACACGGUUUCAUGGGGACAGAGAAGAUCACACGGGUGAGUGUAGAGGCUGUACGGCAGCUGGACAGAAAACUAUUUGAUGCCUACAUCGAAAGAAGGGCCGACCCUAUCGCAGGCUCUUUGGAACCUGGGAUCUACGCGGGAUACUUUGACUGGAGGGACUGCCAAUCACCUACAGGUGUGAGGAACUACCUGAAGGAAGCUCUGGUCAGCAUCAUCACAGUUCAUGCUGAGGUCUUCACAGUGUCUAAGGAACUAGUUCCCAGGGUUUUGUCUAAAAUAGUUGAGUCAGUUGCUGAUGAGAUGAGUCGUCUCAUGCAGUGCGUGUCCUCCUUCAGUAAAAAUGGAGCUCUACAGGCUCGUCUUGAACUCUGUGCCCUUAGAGAUGCCAUAGCCCCCUACCUAAAUUCUGAAAGCAAUGCGAGCUUCAAACUGGCUUUGGAUGCCCUUCCACAGCUACAGAGCGGUGCUGACAAGAAGCUACUGGAGGAGUUACUGAACACAUUUAAGAGCAGUAUGCAGUUGCAGCUCACUUGCUUCCAGCCCUCCUCUGUUCAACCUGUCAAGAGAUGAGCUAAUUGUGUUAACGCCUCCCAGCUCCUGCAUCCACUACUGUGUUAAUGUCUCUCAGUGCAAUUCACUUAUAAACUUGAAUUGCAUCAUUUUAGUUUGAUUAUCGCAUUAUUCUGCAAUCAUUUCAUUUACGGUCUUCAUUGGCCUUCACUGUACCACACUAAACUGGAAGCAAAUGUCUAAUCAUUUAAUCUUACACUGAAUGAGUUGAUGAUUUCAUUGUUACUGUCCAGGACAGUCCCUGUGCAGUGCAGUCAGGUUUGCUAUGCUAAUCUUGUGUGGUCACUCGUUUAGCUAACAGAUCACAAGGGGCUGGUUCAGUGGCUGUUUAUGACAAGGAACUCACUCUGCCCCCCCCCCUCCCCUCGGAUAACAGUAUAGGGACCCUGGUCAUCAUGUCUUCAGCAGUACAUUUGGGAUUUGUUGAAUAUUUAAAGUUGCUGAUGCUUUUCCUGUGCCAUCACAAUUGCCUAAUAAAAUGAGACAACCUUCUGUUAAAAUAA